UGUUUGGAAGAAACAUGCUAUAUGGAUUGGUUCCGGCAAGCAUAGGAAACCUUCAUGGGCUAACUAAACUAGGGCUGGAGCUCAAUAGCUUUAGUGGUCCGAUCGAUGGAUGGAUUGAAAAUCUGGUUAAUUUAGAAGAAUUAUACAUUGGGGGAAAUAACUUCACUGGGCAUAUUCCAGGUUCCAUUGGCAAUAUUUCAAAGUUGUCAAAACUAUUUCUAGAAUGGAAUCUAUUCUCUGGUCCCAUGCCGUCAAGUUUAGGAAACCUUUCACAGCUCUCUCUUUUAGACCUUCGACAUAACAAUCUUCAAGGUGGUAUACCGAAAGAGGUUUUCACAGUAGCCACACUUGUUCGAUGUUUAUUAUCCCACAACAAUCUCGAAGGCGAGAUUCCUUAUGUUGCUAGUCUUAAACAACUCAACUAUCUAGAUCUUUCAUCCAACAAGCUUAGCGGCCAGAUUCCACUUACUUUGGGCACUUGCCAACAAUUGCAAAUCCUCCGAAUGGACCAAAACUUUCUCGGUGGAAGCAUCCCCGUAAUUUUCGGAAAUUUUAGUAUUUUGACCAUGCUCAACCUUUCUCAUAACAAUUUUUCAGGCUCUAUCCCAAUUCCUCUAAGCAAACUAGAACUUCUCACAUAUUUAGAUUUGUCUCACAAUCAUCUUGAAGGUGAAGUACCAACAGAAGGGGUAUUCGGAAACACUACAAGAAUCUCACUUAAUGGCAAUUUGGGGCUCUGCGGAGGUGUACUGGACCUACAUAUGCCCCAAUGCCCCAAAGCUUCUCAGAAAAGAACUACAUGGCGACACUAUUUUGUAAUCCCCAUAUUAGGCGGUGUUGCGUCCGUCUCAUUACUGAUUUACUUCAUCAUCUCAAGAAACAAGGUGCCAAGAGUACAACUAUCGACGCCUUUUUCUAGUGAGCAAUUUCCUAAAGUUUCCUAUAAGGAUCUAGCUCAAGCCACAGAAAACUUCUCAGAGUCUAAUUUGAUUGGGAGAGGAAGCCAUGGUUCAGUGUACAAAGGAAGGUUAAUAAUUUCAGAACCCAUGGUUGUGGUUGUGAAGGUUUUUGACCUUGCUAUGGAAGGAGAUGAUAGGAGUUUCAUGUCAGAAUGUCAAGCUCUGAAAAAUAUUCGGCACCGCAAUAUUCUUCCAAUUCUGACUGCAUGCUCAACAAUUGAUAACACGGGCAAUGAUUUCAGAGCUCUUGUCUACAGAUUUAUGCCCAAUGGCAGCUUGGAUACUUGGCUGCACCCAUCCGGCAAUAGAGAUGCUAACAGUAACUUGGAUCUGGCUCAAAGACUGAAAAUAGUUGUUGAUAUAGCUGAUGCAUUGCAAUAUAUCCAUCAUGAUUGUGAGAGUCCCAUUAUUCACCGAGAUUUGAAGCCCAGCAAUAUUCUUCUAGAUGAUGAUAUGACUGCUCAUCUAGGAGACUUCGGCAUUGCAAGGUUCUAUCUUGAAACAUCAGCAACAGUUGGAGAUUCGAGAUCAGUUGGUACUUUGACGGGAACAAUUGGAUAUAUUCCUCCAGAGUAUGCCGGAGGAAGCUACCUAUCAACGUCUGGUGAUGUGUACAGCUUUGGAGUAGUGCUACUGGAGAUAUUGACAGGAAAAAGGCCAACUGAUUAUUUGUUCUGCAAUGGACUCAACAUCGUCAACUUCGUCGAGAGGAACUUCCCUGAUCAGAUACUUGAUAUGGUUGAUGCUUAUCUACUAGAAUCAAGUCAGGAGUAUUCUCGAGCAAAUCCAAAAGAAGAAAAUAGAGUUUUCUGGUGCUUGUUGGCCCUGGUAAAAUUGGCACUUUCUUGCACACACCAGGCCCCUGAUGAUCGACCUAACAUGAGAGAAGUAGCUACAAAAUUAUGCGAAAUUAAAAUUCCACAUAUAGGCUAA